UUGUAAAAUAACGAAAAGAAAGUAAUCGGAAAAUUUGGUGAUAAAUAUAUUAAGCAUCUUACUACAAACUAAGAAAAAUUCCAAAUUUACAAAUUAAAAAUAAAAAAAUUUUUUCUUACAUCAGAAAAAAGUAAUUGCAAGAAAAAACUUCAAUUUUAAUUAAAGAGCCGGCACCUAUCCAAUGAAUACAGAGAUAAAAUAGAAUUGACAGAAUUCGGCCUUCUCAUUGGAGUUACAUUAGUUACAAUUGUUUUCGUAUUAUUUACGAAACAUUAGUCAUUCAUUGUUUAAAUGAACAAUUAUUACCUUCUUUUUCAAGAAAAUUUAAUUUACAAGAUUUGUUGUAAAAAAAUGGAUUGUCCACAGUGUUAAGAAAAGACUAAUUGCUGAAUAAAUUAAAGCAAUCAAGAAGUUUUGGAGUAUUGGGUCGCGAUGAGCACCAACACAUUGAAUUUUUUCAUUAGUAUUUGUGGGGUCAGUGACGCACGCACAGUGGCAGGCGCGGUGUGUUUUUAUAUUUUUAACAAUAAUAUGUGAAUUUCACGAAAGCUGACGAUCCGCAGUCGAGGGCUCUACACCAGAGUGACUAUUAUUUUCGACCUGUUGGAUGUCAGAAAAGAAGAAAAAUGUCCGGUGAUUCAGGAUGGAAUGCAGUUAUACACCAUCCCUCGGAGCUGGAGUUACAAAAUUGGAAUUGGGAUGAAAAUGACGGGGAACCCGAGAGGGAAUUACCCUCUACAGUCGACAUGGACGCGAUAAAAGGAGGAAGCUGGAAUCCAGCUACUGGACCAAAUGGAAACGAUUCUAUAGAUUCCGAGGAUGAUUCGGAAUCUGAUGAAGACAGCUCGGGAGGGACCGAAGGCAGCUGUUCAUAUUCAGAUUCUAAUACUGAAUCUGACGAUGAAAGCAGCGGUGAAGAAGAGGAUGAUACAGAAUCAAAUUCUGAUUGUACUUCUAAACACAGUGAACAAACUUUUUCCAUUCGAGAAACAAACUUCGAGCAGGGAGCUCUAAAACUUAAGAUCGCCAUGAAGGCAACAAAAAAAGAGGAUAAAGAUAACUCAAAGUGUGAUAGAAGCAGGCGAAAUCUUUCUAGAAGAACUAAGACACCUAGUCGCGUUGCUAAGGCUUCAGGUGAUAGUACUGAUGAUUCGGAUUCUUCGGUUAGUCCAGUGCCACAGUUUUCUCAACCACAGGCACAGCUUCAGUCAUCACAACCGCCACAACCACAGCAACAGCAGCAGCAAGUACAACAACAACAACAGCAACUACCACAACAACAAACUCAGCAGCAACAGCAGCCUCAACUUCAACAACCUUUACAAGAAAUAAAUCAAGAAGAUUUGGCCGCAAUUUUACCCGACGAGGAUCAUGAAGAUGCGCCAUUUGAUGGUUUCGAGGACUCGGAAAGUGGUCGUUUAGUUUCAAAAGCAAUUGAGCGAAUGUCACUUGGAGCUGAUUCUGAUUCUGGUGAAAAUACCGAUCAAAUUCCCGUACCUGUUUAUAGUUCAACGUUAUUGCAACAGUUUGUCGAGAAAACCGCAUUACUAUCGGAACCGCGAAAGAGGCGAAACAAAUUAGUGAAGAAACUAAAUGAAUCCGAGUACGCAUGUGUGUCGAAUGUUUCGCCAGACUCGGGCAUUCAGUCUGUUGAUAACAGUCCAUUACAUUUAGCGAUUAGUCCCGUGAGUCCACAGGCACCCUCACAAUCACCAGUUCAAAUAGCAUCAAAACCAGCUGUCAAUGUUGACAGAGUUCUUUAUCCACCGAAACGAAAACCCGGACGACCUGCCAAAUUAGUUUCCACACAACCACGUGGACCGGGAAGGCCCAAAUUGAAGCCGGAAAUUGCCGCCAAAAUCGAGAAACUUGAGAAAAAUUCAAAUGAAUCUCAGGAAAAAAUUUCGAUUGAAGUCCCUUGCGCAAAGCAAAAUGUACAGUGCAAAACUUUAACUUCCCCACCAGAAUCACGAGACACUGGUUCUAACAAAAAGUCAAAAAAUAAAAAACCCUGUCCGAAGAGUGAGCCUGAUGAUGCGAAAUCAGCAGCGCCCAAGAAGCUUGCCGAGUGUGAAAAAGUUUUGCCCACACGUAAAAAGUGCCUCAGUAAACCGAUCGUCGAGAAGCGAACAAAAGAAACGGAACAACUUAACGAACGUCUGGAAAAAAGUAGAGAGUCAAGAGAGAAAUGCAAAGAACUGCGCGAAAGGAGCAAAGAACAACGAGACAAGAGCCAUGAGCGGACGGAGAAAAUUAAGGAACACACGGAAAAAAUCAACGAACGUAAAGAAAAACUCAAGGAACAGAGGGAGCUGAGUAAGGAGAAAAAUAAAGACCCAAAGGAAAAAACCAAUGAACCGAAGGAAAAGUCCAUCGAACAAAGAGACAAAAAUAAGGAAACGAAAGAAAAGUGUAACGAACAAAAAGAAAAAGUUAAAGAACAAAAGGUAAAAUGUAAAGAACAACGCGAGAAAAGUAAGGAACGAAAAGAGAAACUCAGUGAACAACGAGAAAAGAGUCGGGAAAAAAUAAACGAGCAUUCAGAAAAAAUUCAAAAAUCAGACAAAAAUAGUGAACGAAGGGAAAAAAGUGUCGAGCAAAGGGAUAAAAGUAUCGAACAGAGAGAGAAAAAUAUCGAACAGAAGGAGAAAAGUGACAAGAGAUUGAGAAAGGACAAACACAUAUCUAGAAAAGAAACCGCCGAACUUCCUUGCGAAAAGCAAGAGAAAGUCCUCUUAAAUCGAAAUCCAAGCGAAGAAAAAUUACCCAACAAUAACAAAAAGAGUACAAAAGAAAAUCGACUAGAUCCAACGACCAGCAAAAAGCAAAUUCCAGUAAAGAAACCAGUAGCACCAAUCUCAAGGCGAGUCCUCAAAGAAAACAAAAGCAACAAAAAAACUCCCGCAAAUCUCGAAACAAACGUCGCUGUCCAAACAGUCAUCUCCCUCCCCGUGACAAUUCCCCUUCAAACCGAAAAAAUUGAUUUCGGCCGAAAAUACCAAAAGCCCGAAUCAAAGAACCAAACCUCCCAUCAUCACAAACACCGUCAUCAUAAACACUGUCGAAAAUUAGUCGUACCACCAAAAACUCCCGUACGAGUCGAUCCAUUUAUCGUUCAAGAACUUGAAAAUUUAAUCGAAGAAUUCUCAAAAUCCUGCACAUUAGGCCGCAACAACAUCACCUCAAAUCAUUCCGAAUUACCGCAAAUAUUCCGCGUCAAGAAAAUCACGAAAAAACGAAAAGGAAGCGAAAUAAAUUCCAACGAGGAUCAAAAAUUAAAGCGUCGGUUAAAAAAGGAAAAAGUCCCAUCUAAUCCCGAUUCCAAGAGUAACACAAAUUCAGGUUCAAAUUCAAGUUCCAAUGAGCAACGACUACCAUUGAAAAAACGUCACUAUCACGUUUCCAGUCCCCAUAGUUCCCAAAGUUCCGGCGCUAGUUCCGAGACAGCCAACAAUGACGCAAAUUCCACCGAGAGUCAUAUCGAGGAAGCCAUUGAAGCAACAAUCAAUCGCUACGGCAGUGAUUCGUCAACAGCCACACCAAAAGUUCCAGUCACCCCAAAAAAGAGGCAUCGCGACACCGAGGAACAAUCCCCAGAAAACAUCCCACCCGAACCCAAUGAUAUCCCCCAGCCCUUGGCCACAACCACCGAACUAAAUCCCCGACGCAAGAAAAAGAUCGUCAAAGAUUUACGCGUCACUGUCACGAAAUUAGCCCCCGACUCUCAAAUUGAAAAAGUCGAGAAAAAUUCCUGCACCGACAAGGGCAUUAAAGUGGAGAAAGCAGGAAAAGUUGAGAAGACACUCGCGGAGAAAAUAACCCCAAAGGAAAAGACGACGGAAAUCACGAAACCAAAUUUAGAAGUGAAAAUAGAGUCUGUUAAGAAAACGGAAGCAGUGACACAAGAGAAGGGUAAUUUGAAUCCACCGAUUCAAAAGCAAGGACCUACGAUUGUUCUAAAAAAGAAAGCACGCAGGAGGAAGGCAAUUAAUCGAACAGGCUUUCCCACUUUAAAGAAGAAGAAAAAGAAGAAAAUUGUCAUUGAACCAACAAUACUAAAGGAACAGAUUCUCCCCAACGAGGAAGUUACUUCUUCGCAAUUAAACGAAGAGGAAGAAGUAAAACCUCCAAAUGUGGAAAAUGACCCCAAAAUCGAAGAAUCGAGUAAAGAACUCCCUGACGAUACAAAAACGAUCGAGAACGAACCAACGCCAAUACCCGAAUUUUCCCGUCACUGUUUCCUGGAUGACGAUUCAUGUUCAGCGGCAAUGUCCCCGUCGAAAGACUCCCUUGAAUGUGACGGAACAAGACCUUGCGAUAAAUUAUGUCCGGUGAAAUAUGAAAAAGUUCAAGACUCGAGAAUUUAUGAUGAGAAUGCAACACUCGAGGAAUCAUUGGAGAGAUAUAAUUUAAGUCAACGUGUCGCGGUGUUAAAUGAAGAGAAUCUCAGGAAAUUGGAACGAAGUAGUUCGCGUGAAACGGUGAAACACGAAUUGUGUAAUAAUAAUUAUAGUCACAAGAGGAGAAGAGGCUCGGCGAGUCCUUGUAAUUUAACGAUAAGAAAUAUAAAACGAUUGAAAAAUGCUGGUUAUGAUACGGAGAGUGAUGCUGUGCCAAGUAGUGAUUUAGCGAGUGAUGAUCAUGAUUUUGGCAAACAGGGCAAUUCAAUGCGUGGUAAACGAAAGCAGCCGAGAUGGAAGAAACGCUAUUUACCAGCUGGAUUGUUUUCCGAUUAUUUCAAGGAAGACGAGCCGAGAAAAGUUAAUAAUUCCGAUAAUGGAAAGAAUAAAAUGAUUUACGAUACUUCGGAACAUCCUCAUGGUUUACUACCGCCUCCCUAUCAUUGUGGGAAAUUUUUGAGACAGAGAAAAAUUCCAUUUCAAUUGCCCUAUGAUUUGUGGUGGUUGCAUACGCAUUCUCGAUUGCCGGGACGGGAUUUGGUUCCUUCUUGGAAUUACAGAAAAAUUCGAUCAAACGUUUAUUACGACGUGAAGCCAACAACAUUAUACGAGUCGCAAUCAUGUGAAUGUAAACCAGAAAGCGCCUGUGGUGAUGAGUGCAUUAAUCGAAUGGUGUUCAGUGAAUGUUCACCACAAUUCUGUCCAUGCGGCGAGAAGUGUAAAAAUCAAAAGAUUCAAAAACACGAUUGGUCACCGGGUCUACAGAAAUUCAUGACCGAGGUGAAGGGCUGGGGUGUGCGUACACAAAAAUCCAUCAAAUCCGGAGAAUUUAUUCUCGAAUACGUCGGAGAAGUUGUAUCCGAACGAGAAUUUAAAUCGAGAAUGGCAACAAUAUAUGCGAACGAUACACAUCAUUAUUGUCUUCAUUUGGACGGUGGACUCGUGAUUGAUGGACAUCGAAUGGGCGGCGAUGGACGAUUUGUCAAUCAUUCAUGUGAACCAAAUUGUGAAAUGCAAAAGUGGAGUGUCAAUGGACUACCACGAAUGGCAUUGUUCGCCUCGCGAAAUAUUAAUCCUGGCGAGGAAUUAACGUACGAUUAUAAUUUUGCUCUCUUCAAUCCCACCGAGGGACAGCAGUGUCGAUGUGGUAGUAAUGGUUGCCGCGGUGUUAUUGGUGGGAAAAGUCAACGAGUUCCAAGAUCAGUGGCAGCAAUUGUUCCCGCUCGUGUCGAUUCAACGGAGAGAAAAUCAGUUGGUAGGCCGAGGAAGAAUAUUCGUAAAUCGAAUCUUGUACAGUCGACAAAUUCGAAAGGAAUGUGCAAAUCACGAAGAAUUGGUGAAUCGAAUAUUGUAAAUGCUCCAUUGAUAAAGCCGAUGUCACAUCAGCAGCGUUGUUUCGCUCAGGAACAUCAUUGUUUCCUUUUGCGAAAUUUGGAGAAAGUUAAACGACAAAAAUUGCAAAUUAGUCAAGUACCACAAACGGGGAAAAUCAAAACAAUCGUUCAAUCGGCGAAGGAGAAGAAUGGCAUCGAUGCGAAAUCAACGUCCGAUGCAUUUUUAUCGCAACUCACGGCUUUGACGAAUACCAAUGCGCGAACUGUGCGAACUCGACGAUUGGCGCAGGCUCAAGAUGAUCCGGAAGUUCACAAGACUGCUAAGUUAGCUAAGGUUUUAAAGGAUUUGUAUUCGGUUGUUGCAACAGCAAAAGACGAGACUGAUAAACUUUUGUGCACACCAUUUAUGACUCUACCUCCGAAGAGAAAAUUAUCGGAAUAUUAUGAUAAAAUACAGGAUCCAAUUGAUCUGACAAUGAUUGAUCAGGGUAUUGGAAGUGGGCAUUAUAAAACUGCCGAGCAGUUUGAUCAGGAUUUAAUUAAGCUUUUCGAUAAUAAUGUUAGAUUCUUUGGACGAACGUCAGAGAUUGGUAUUGCGGCGGCGAGAUUGAGGAAACUUUAUCUUGGCACAAAGGCAGAUUUUGUUUAUGCUAUAACCGAAGCUACUGGUCUUCCACCUUCUCAAGGAUUUUUGCCACCUCAAGGAUCCACUGCAGGCGAGGAGGAUGUGAUUCGCUGCAUAUGUGGACUUCACAGAGAUGAGGGAUUGAUGAUUCAGUGUGAGCGCUGCUUGGUGUGGCAGCAUUGUGAUUGUGUGAAAGCUGACACAAGUGCGGAUUCGUAUUUGUGUGAACGUUGUCAACCGCGAACAGUCGAUUUGGAAAUUCCAUUGGAGGGCGAGGAAGAAGAGGAAGGAAAGAAGCAUUAUAUAACACUUCUACGUGGUGAUCUUCAAUUGAGGCAAGGGGAUACUGUUUAUGUCUUACGUGACACACCCGAGAAGCAUACAUACAAAACCAUUCAGAAUCCUGAUUACGAGCAAAUGGACAUUUUCCGGAUCGAAAGACUUUGGAAAACUACCAAGGGCGAGAGGUUUGUGUUUGGUCACCAUUACUUGAGGCCACAUGAAACUUAUCACGAGCCAACGCGUAAAUUUUUCGAAAACGAAGUUGUUUGCGCGCCUUUGUACGAGGCCGUUCCUUGCGACCUGGUGGCAGCGAGAUGUUGGGUCCUUGAUCCCAGUACUUUCUGCAAAGGUCGACCUGUUGGAUCAUCGCCUGAGCAUACGUACGUGUGCGAACAUCGUGUUGAUAGAGCUGCCAGAUUAUUUACAAAAGUUGCAAGAUCGAGGCAUUUAGUUUGUACAAAACCUUACGCCUUUGAAACAUUUCCAGAAAGGAUCAAACAUUACCGAACAUACUUGCCUCACAGUCUGGAUGGUAUUUCUGGUGCGAAAAUAUUAAAAGACAAGAAGAAGAAUGGCUGUCAGGAGGUUGAAAAUAAUGGUCAAAAGGCAGAAACGCGAGAAGUUACUCGCAACAAUAAAGAGCAGCCACCAACAUCUCGACCAUCCACGACAAAGACGAGACGUCGCUCAGCCGAAAAUUUAACAGUGCCUACUAUUAUUGUAUCUUGCGCUCAGCGAGAAGUGCAAAGAAAGAGACUGAAUGGUAUUCUAAUGAAUCUUCUACAAAGAAUGCCAAACAAGAAAGAUCCACUAGACUUGUCAUUUCUUCUCGAGCGAAAUAGAAGAAAUCGUAAAAGACCUGGUGGACUCAAUCCGUGACACUGGGUAAUGACAUGAAUUAAUCAUAUUUUAAUUAUAAUUCAAUUUAAGACAUUUGUAAAAAAAAUUUUGCGAGAGAGAGACAGAGAGAGAGAAUUUUACGUGCGCAAAAUUAAUUGCGUUUUUUAUCAUCAAUUACUUUACACAAUAUUUAGGUAAAGAUAAUUGAACUAUUUAUUAAUUAUGGGCAAAAAAAAUCAGUGCAUUUUGAUUUUUUUUAAGGCACUGUCUGUUUCUCUUUUUGAUCAUUUUGAAAUGCAUAAAGAAAAAUGAAAUUAUGCCCUUUAUAAUAUAUUACUUAGGUACAUUGGAACUAAAAUGUAAAAUUAAGUUUAUUAAUUAUUUUUUUUGCCUUUUUUCAUGGUGAUGUUUUUU